CCACGUCCCGUCGCCCCACGUCCGCAUCACGUCGCUGCGCUCCACCGUCCGCCGGCUGCGUCUUGUCGUCCAGCCUCUGUGUCCGCUCCGCGCCCGCUGUGCUGGCAGAGUCCUCCCGGACAUGUGGGCUGCCGCCCGCGGCCUGUGCUGCCCCGGCGCGGGGGUGCUGUGGCGGCGGGGCUGCGGUGAGGCUGCACUCCACCGCACGCGGAGCCUGCACGGCUCUGCCGUCUCCUGUGGCAGCAAGAACUUGCUCAAGAAAUUUGCUUCGAAAACCAGGAAGAAGUUCUGGUAUGAAGGUCCUUCCCUGGGGUUUACUGGGCCUUCCAAAUUGGACUUGCUCCUGAAGAGAACCUCAAAGAGGACCAGGAAGGAAGACCAUGUGCGCCUGCGGGCCCUGAACGGCCUCCUCUAUAAAGCGCUGACAGACUUGUUGAGCACCCCUGAAGUGAGCCAGGAGGUCUACAACCUGAAUGUGGAGCUUUCCAAGGUCUCGCUGACUCCAGACUUCUCAGCCUGCCGCGUCUACUGGAAGGUGAGCCUCUCGGCGGACCAGAACAAGCGCACAGAGGCCACCCUGCAGAGGAGUGCGGCGCACAUGAGACACCUGUUGAUGUCCCAGCAGACCCUGAGGAAUGUGCCGCCAAUAGUGUUCAUUCAAGACAGAAAAAACGCAGCUCUGGCAGAGAUUGAUGGUUUACUGGCAGUGGCCGAGUUUGGACCUCCAGACGAAGGAGCCCACCCCAUAGGAGAUGAUCCCAGGGACCCUGAUGCCCUAUCACCACAUGAUGCCCCAGGACCUGCUUCAUGCUCAAGUCUGUGUGGGAUCGAUCAUGAGGCACUCAGCAAACAAAUAAUGGAGUACAAACGGAGGAAGGAGAGAGGACUCCUGAGCCUGGCGUUGCGGGGGCAAGAGCAGGGGGCUGAGCCCACACAGCUGGUGAGGAGGAGGAGGAGGAAGACCCUGUCCUGCCAGGACAAGGACAGCUCCCCCAGGAGUUUCCUGCUGGGGAUUGGUGGAGUUGCUGGUCUGGUCGAGAGGUAUAGUUGAUGGAGUUUCUUGUUGGUGGUCACAUAUCCAAGGAUGGAUCACAUGGCAAGUUAUAAAACAGUCUUCGGUGAGUGUUAAAAAAUUGAAAUCAUAUAAAAUAUUUCUUCCGAUCACAAUAGAAUGAAACUAGAAGUGAAUAAAACAAGAAAACAGGAAAUUCAUAAACAAAUGGAAGUUAAACAACACACUUUUAAAGAAAACAGUGGUUCCAGAAGAAAUCACUAAGCAACCUUGAAUAUAUUUUGGAAUAACUGAAGACAAAACUACAGCAUGCCAAAACUUAUGGGACAUAGUGAAGGUAGUACUUGGAAGGAAACUUAUAUGGGUAAGUGCUAUAUUAAAAAAAGAAGGAAGCUGUCAUGAACAACUUAAAUUUACAUCUUAUAAACCAGAAAGAAAAGAGCAAACUAAUCCCCAGGCCAAAAGAAGCAAGGAGGUAAUAAAGAUCAAGAAAAAAUAAAUGGAAUUGAGGGUAGGAAAACAAUAGAAUCCACAAAAACAAARUUGAGUUUUUUGAAAAGAUCAACACAAUUGACAAGUCUUUACCUAGACCAACUAAGAAAAAAGAAAAGGAGGUGCACAAACUGAAAUCAGAACUCAAAGAAGGGACACUACUACUGACCUGACAGAAGUCAAAAACAUUUGAGGAGACUGUUAUGAACAGUUGUAUUCCAACACAUUAGAUGAUUUAGAAAUUCACAACUCUGGGAAACCACACAUUAUCAAUACUGAUUUGAGAGAAAAUCUCAAUAGAAUCCACAGCAAGUAGAGAUUGAAUCACUUAUCAAAAACUUCCCCCAGAAGAAAAGCCCAGAACCAGAUGGCUUCUCUGAUGAAGUCUAUAAAACAGUUUGAGAAGACACAGCAUCAAUCUCACCAAACUGUUCCAACAACACCAGCGGAGGGAGCCCUUGCUAAGCAUUCUAUGAGGCCAGCACCACCUGAGAGGAACAGCGUCACCACAGAGAAAGCCACAGACCCACACCACCCACCAAGUGGAGUGUCAGCUUCCUGGGGUUGCAGUAAGGGAGCACUACAAACCGGGCACCUGGAGACAGCCUCAAGAGUUCUGGAGCCAGAAUGCCAAGGUCAAAGUCCUUGCAGGGUUUUGGCUCUGCAGAGAAUCUGUCUGUCUUUCUAGCCUCUAAUAGCUCCUUGGCUUGCUCUACUUCACUCCUUCAUCUUCACACCAUGAUCUUCUUGUGUAUCUGUCUUCAAGGGACACCAGUUGUAUUGGUAUAGAGCUUCCCCAACUCCAUUAUUAAGCAAAGUAUAGAAAUAAACAGCAUUUGAAUUGGAAA